CGGGAAGGAGCGGGCGGGGCGGGCGGUGCCGGUCCCGGGGCGAGACGGAGCGCGGAAAAGAGGGAGGAGCCGGCGGUGCCGGUGCGCGGCGGUGCAGAUGCACGCAGUCCCGGUGCGGGAAGGAGCGGGCGGUGCAGGCGGAGCCGAUGCAGACGGUGCCGGUUACGGAGCGCGGAGGAGAGGGAGGAGCAGGCGGUGGCGAUGCACGCGGUGCCGAACAGGAUUGUGGACCGGUGUGAGCGGCUCCAGCUGCAGAGCGCGGCCAUCGCCCGGCACGUGGAUGAGGUGCUGCCCACCAAGGACCAAGACCUCCUGAACGCAGCCAACGCAGCACGGGAGCUGGUAAUCCAGAGGCUGAUCUUUGUGGGGAACGCGUGUGAAAAUGAAGAACAGCGGUUGCUGGAGAAGGUGCACGUGGAGGAGGAGCGGGCGCACCAGAGCAUCCUGACACAGCGGGUGCACUGGACAGAGGCUUUGCAGAAGCUGGCUGCCCUCCGGACCUACCUGGUGGACAUGAUCACCAACCUGGAUGACCAGGACCUGGUGCGUGCAGAACAAGAGAUCUUCGAGAGGACAGAGGUGGCGGAGGGAAUCUUAGAGCCGCAGGAGUCCCCAAAGUUAAACUUUAAUCAGACCUGUGUUCAGAGUCCGCUGCUGCAUCGACUGUGGGCCUCUGCUGUUCUCUGCUGUAUCGCAGGCUCUCAGGAAAUUCACAUCGAUGAGAAAACCAUCAGCCCCCACCUCAGCCUGUCAGAAGACAAGAAAACCCUAACCUUCAGCCCCAAGAAAGUAAAGGUGGACUCUGACUGCCCCGAGCGGUUUGACCACUGGCCCAACGCUUUGGCUACUGCCGCUUUCCGCUCUGGAGUCUGCGCGUGGAAGGUCCGUGUGGAGAAGAGCUGUGCCUACAAGCUGGGAGUUUGCUACAGCUCUCUGCCGCGGAAGGGCUCCAGCAAUGAAGCCCGCCUGGGCUUCAACACCGCCUCCUGGGUCUUCUCACGCUAUGACCAGGAGUUCAAGUUCCUACAUGCCGGGUGCCCACAGCUGGUGGAGCUGAUCAGGUCUCCAGCCGAGAUCGGGGUGCUGGUGGACUUUGCAGGAGGGGAGCUGCUUUUUUACGACCCCGAUUCCUGCACCAUCCUCUUCUCCCACAGGGAAACCUUCACAGAGCCCCUUUAUCCCGUCUUUGCCGUGGCACAUGAGAGCAUCUCGCUUGUCCAGUGAGCCAGGGGUGAAUAUACCGUUGUGUGUACAGCAACCGUACAUGGUACCGAGCCAUCGAGGGGGAAAGGAGCUGGGACAGGGCUACCAGCUUGUGUACAGUGGCUUCCAGACAAGAGCUGCCUCCAAACUACGUCUGUUCUUCCCGUGUUUUAUGGCAGCUUUCCUCUCCUGGAGGCUGCACCUGCUCUGUGCCCACCGUGAGGGCUCAGGAAAUCACCUGGCUCUGCCAGCCACUACUGGUGAAUCAUUUAAUCCUCUCCGACCAAGGGCAACGUUCCAGCCCGCUAUUGGACUUAGGAGAACAGAAGGAAUAUUGACAUGUGUUUGGAGAAAUGGCAGGGAGGAGGCGCAUGGAAAGGGACAUCGGUGGGGACACAGCUGGAGCUGCACUGUUGGGAGGAGCUGCCCAGGCUAAAGCAGGGAUGGUGCUGUCACCUCUGGGGGACCCACACUGGGACAGGGGCAUCCCUGAGGGGUUGUGGCUCAUGGAAGAGUCCAUGUCUUAGCAGAGGAGUAAAAGGCAAGGAGCAGCAGAAGGAAACCCAACCUGAGCUGCCCCACACCUUGCCAAAGGGAGUUGGGGGAAUGAGGGUAACGUGGUGAAAACAGGGUAGGAAGCAAGCAGAGGUGAACCAGGGAGAAGGGCAGAAGGGGUGUUUAAAACUUAUCAUCUUUAUUUCUCAAUACCCAAAUCAGUAAAGUUUGUUAAUUGGCAGUGUAUCAAAUUAAGUGAAAUUGCCCAACUCCAAGGCUGUUUUGGCUGCUGUAGGAAGCCUCAAAUCCCUCCUGGCCACUGCUGUCACAAAGAGGGAUGCUGGUGAGGUGGCAAACCUGGGGUGCAGCACGGCGUAUGUGACCUGUGUGGGGGUUUUCUGGGUGCUCUGUGUAGGAACUUCCCUGGGCUGAGCCCAACCCAGCUCUGCUGAUGCGCUGGCACAGGAGGAUGCAUGAGCCUCUCCCCAGGAUGACUGCAAAGGGAUAAACCUCACUGUCUGCUCCAUUCCCACCCCCCAGAAGGAGGCUUCUGGAU